UUUAAUUAAACACAGUACUUAAAAUUGUAUAGAAUAUUUAGUUAAUUUUAUUCUUAAUUAUUUUUAAUUUUUAUUGCCUACACGACUAUCAUUGUUACUAAUCUAUCAAGUAUCAUAUUUGCCUCAAUAUAAUAUUAUAUAAUAAACAGUAAAUUCUUAUUAUUUACUGAUGACACAAAACUCUUCUCGGAGGUUCACUCAAUGAUUAACUGUCACCUAUAACGAAGUUAUUUAAAUUCAUUAGAUGCCUGAGCUGUUAUUAUUGAAUUUAUUAGACUUAUUGUUUAAAAAUGUCAGUAAAUGUCGCUUUAAAAGAUUUUAUAGUAACAGGACUCAGUUGGAUUUUAAAUUUUCGAUGCACCUUAUGCUGUAUCUGCCUUGCUAAUGUAGAUAACACGUUGAACUAUUUUGCAAUUAUUACGAUGGUGACUUGAUCUUUUACGACCAUAUAAAUGUCUAUACUGCUAAAAACUUUGGUAAUAUUACGUCUAUUUUAGAGUUUUAUAUUUUUCUUUUGUCCUCAUAUUUUAAGUGAUAUGAACUAGUUUGAAAACAGAUUCGACAAAAAUAUUUGUUUUUGGUAAUUUAUAUUAACUAUUAUGUAAAACCUGAACAUAUUCGAUAAAAAAAUAAAAUAUCUAUAUAUACAUAGACUAUGUACUAUGUAUGUACUAUGUAACAUAGUACAAAAUAGAGCAAUAACGCAUGAAUUGAAAUAAAUUAAACAUUUUAAAAUGUUUUUAUAACAAUAAUAUACCUAACCAUAAACUCGCGUCUGAUAUUAAAUAUUUGAAUUUAUUUUGAUACUCGUACUAAAUUUGAUGUACCCAAGUCUAAAAAUAUUUAACAAUUAUAUUUUAAUAGAAUCGCAAUAAUAAUAUCAUACUACAUACUAAAAUACUAUCACGUUUUCCGAAUUUGGUUGUCAUGAAAACAAGUGUUAAACUAACCUCGUGUUGACUUGAUAAAUAAAACAUAGAUAUUUAUAAUAUAAAUAUACUAAAUAAAAUAAAUAUAAUAUAAAUAUUAUUGUAAUUUUUAAAAAUGCCAUACACCACCAUAAAUAAAAUGUUACCGGUGACCGUGGACAUUCGUCUACAGCACCGAUAUUCAGAAAUUGCAACCGAACUUUCGAGAUCAACACAUUUUAACAAAAUCGAAGUACUGCGAUUACUGCAGAUGCACUACAUCCUAACAAAAGAAGAUACAAUUCCUAUGGAUCAGUUACUAUUCAUGCAAUUCAUGGACGUUUUUUUAGGAGUAAGAAACGUAGAAGCUGUAGAAAAAAUGUUUUUAAUAAGUUGCAUAACAAACGAGGAGAGCCUAACUGGGUCCGAGUUUGUGAAGAUUUUAUCAUUGGUAUUAAAAGGCAAACUACCUGAUUUAAUAAACUUUUGCUUUGAAGUUUACACAGAGAUGACAAGGUCACCUAAAUUCAUUAAAAAAGAGGGCGUGUUACUGAUGGCCAAAAGAAACAGUUUGAAAAUGUGUAAAUUAGUGAAUAUGGAGAAGUUCGAUCAAAGUUUCGUGGAUUUCGUUAUGAUUGAGGUGGACAAGGAUCGUGAUAACAGAAUAUCACUGGAAGACUAUCGUAAGGCUGUGUGCGAAAAUGUCGCUUGGUUGCAGUUUUUGGGGAGAAUCCUUCCAACGUCCACCAGAAAAGAAAAAUUUAUGAAACUAUUUACAAAUCGACCAUAUAUUAAUAAUAUACAGACUUCAGUGUCAGCGAUGAAUCGAGAAAAAAAGGAGAAAUCACAAUCAGAAAUGAAAUCACAAAGCAAAAGCGCAAGUAGUUUAUCGUUUUCCAGCGAUUCUGCUGGUUUAGUAAUUAACCAUGGCGGUUAUCAAUCUACGAAUAGAAGAAAUCAAGUAGUAGCGGAUGGAAAUUUUUUAACACUAUUUUAACUAAUUAAAGAUGUGAGUUUUUAAAGUUUAUUUAUAUUAUAUUAUUUACUUAUUAAAAACAUUUUUUCUACA